GGGGCAGGGGAGCUUCCAGAGAGGCCCGUGACCAGGCCAUGAGGAUGCUGGGGCUAGCAACCAAAAGCCGCUGGACCCUGCAACCCUGCCAGGCACCACAGAGGCAGAGAGAAUGAUGAGUGAGAGGAGAGUGGCAGUGGAUUUGCCCGCUGCAGCUAACUCCAACAUGCCCCUGCAGAGGCACAGGGUGUCCCUCAGGGGGACACGAUCUCCAUCCUCCCUGGAGAGCCCCCCAGCAUCCAGGACCAGUGCUGCGGGUAGCCUCAUCCGUGCGCCUGGAGUCUAUGUAGGAGUAGCACCCAGUGGGUGCGUAGGUGGCCUGGGUGCCCGAGUGACGCGCCGGGCCCUGGGCAUCAGCAGUGUCUUCCUCCAGGGCCUGCGGAGUUCAGGCCUUGCCUCGGUGCCUGCUCCCAGCCCAGAAAGGGAUCAUGCUGCUGUUGAAGACCUGGGGGGCUGCCUAGUGGAAUACAUGGCCAAGGUGCAUGCUCUGGAACAAGUCAGCCAGGAGCUGGAAACACAACUGCGGGCUCACCUGGAGAGCAAGGCCAAGCGCUCCGGAGGCUGGGAUGCCCUCCGAGCCUCCUGGGCCAGCAGCUACCAGCAGGUGGGAGAGGCUGUCUUGGAAAAUGCCCGGAUUAUGCUGCAGAUGGAGACGACCCAAGCUGGCGCGGAUGACUUUAAAGAGAGAUAUGAAAAUGAGCAGCCGUUCCGGAAAGCAGCAGAAGAGGAAGUAAGCUCUCUGUACAGAGUCAUUGAUGAAGCUAAUUUGACAAAGACGGAUCUGGAGCAUCAGAUAGAAAGCCUGAAAGAAGAACUGGGCUUCCUGUCCCGGAGCUAUGAAGAGGAUGUGAAGGUUCUGUACAAACAGCUGUCAGGGUCUGAGCUGGAGCAAACAGAUGUUCCCAUGGGCACUGGUCUGGACGAUGUCCUUGAGACAAUCCGAAUUCAGUGGGAGAGAGAUGUGGAAAAGAAUCGAGCAGAAGCAGGAGCCUUGCUCCAAGCUAAGCAACAGACAGAAGUGGUCCAUGUAUCCCAGACCCAAGAGGAAAAGCUGGCUGCUGCCCUCAGUGUAGAGUUACACGACACUUCAUGCCAGGUCCAGAGUCUCCAGGCUGAGAUGGAAUCUUUACGGGCUCUGAAACGAGGCCUAGAAAACACCUUGCAUGAUGCCAAGCAUUGGCAUGACAUGGAGCUGCAGAACCUGGGUGCUGUGGUGGGCAGGCUGGAGGCAGAGCUGGCAGAGAUCCGCUCGGAGACGGAGCAGCAACAGCAGGAGCGGGCACACCUGCUGGCAUGCAAGAGCCAACUGCAGAAGGAUGUGGCAUCCUACCAUGCCCUGCUGGACAGAGAGGAGAGCAACUGACGGGAAAAACAAAAAUAACUUCCUUCUUCCACAAAGACAACUACCUUCUUCAGCAGCCCACCAGCGAGGAUGCUUGAGGAACUUCCGUCGCUGCUGGAUCCCCCGGUUGACUCAGCCGGAGCUGGAAAGCUUCCUGGGAGUGGAGAGGGCCCUUCUGCUCUCAUUUAGGUAGUCUGUAGUUUGAACAACCUAGGCCUCUCCAAAUAAAUGCUUUGUGUGCA